CACUGUCAGUUAGACACUGCGUCACUCACAGAGGAAGUAAGACUCGAUGCACUCCCACUGCCACUGACACAGACUUUAAGAACAACACGGUCACAAAGCGCGAGUCCAGCUGCCUCAAUUGAGGAUUAUUCUUUGGAGCAUCUUUACCGAGUAAAUUAAAGAACGCAGUGGAAGAUGUCGUGUCUGAAGUGCCUGAAGUACACCAUGUGUGUGGUGAACUUCAUCUUUUUUAUCUGUGGGGCUACUGUCUUCGGAUUGGGCAUUUAUUUGAUGACAUUCUCCAGGUACUCUUCCUUACUCCCCAGUCUUCAGGCUAUGAACAUCGCAAACACUCUUUUCAUCACUGGGAUCAUUAUCACCUGCGUCUCCUUUUUGGGCUUUCUCGGAGCCCUGAAGGAAAAUCGAUGCCUGCUUAUAUCUUUCUUCAUAUUGUUGUUCAUUCUAAUGCUGGCUGAGCUGGCUGCUGCCUGCCUUUUGCUGAUGUACGAGACACAGAUUGACACCUUCAUUAAUGAAGAUCUUAAGAAAGGUUUGGAAAGUUCCAUAAGGAACAGAAAAGCACACAAUACCACAAUUGAUGAUGAUUGGGACAAAGUGCAAACAACAUUUAAAUGUUGUGGAAUUACUAACCAUACACAAUGGGGGACAUCUGUACCGAAUUCAUGCAACACUGGAAAAGAUACGUCAUACUGGACAGAUGGUUGUUUCACAAAGCUGAAGAACACGUUUGAGAAAAACCUCUUGAACACAGGGGUUGGCGUCAUUGUUAUCUGCAUUAUUGAGGUCUUGGGUAUGUGCUUCACCAUGACCCUGUUCUGCCACAUAAGUCGAAGUGGUUUAGGAUAUAAAUGAACAAAAACAUUUCCCUAGAAGAAAUAGCUCCAUCUUUCACCGUUUGGGUUUCAAAUAACUUGUCUCACAAUACCCAAACACAGCCAGUAAAAGACAAGAUGGCUCGCAGUUCUUACACAGAUGCUUUCUUCUAUGUGUAUGGUAUUUGUCCUCCACUAAGAAACGGUGAUACAAACCCAUAAUUAUUGUAACUGCAUUAAUAUUAGUAUUAUCAUCAGAUUUUGCAUGUAUGAAUAAGUUAUUAAAGCAAAAAA